GCACUAAAAAGGAAUCAAAAAUAUGAUAAAAAGAGUAGUAGUAAAUAUAUAAAGAAACAUGUCAAACAAUUAUUGGUCAAUAUAUUUUUGAAUAGAAAUAUUAAUCCUUAUGAUAAAUUAACUACACAAGAGAUGUAUGAUUUCUUUCAAGAAUUUGUAAUAUCUGAGAAGGUAGAAAAAGAAGAUAUGCUAAAUAUGAGUACAAUCAAGAAUUGGAUAAAUAGCUAUUUAGCUGAGUUUAAGGAGCAUGUAAUGCAAAAAAAAAAUUAG